CUGGAAAUAUUUUGUACUCGUUUUCAAAUUAUUUUAUAAUUUUUCUCCAAAUAGUGAAGAUUUUUUAUUCUACCCUUUCAUGAAGUAGGCCCAGCUUUUACAACAAGGACAUUUAAAAUUUAAAAUUUUGAAGGGCGGCAGGAGAGAUUUCCAUCCAUCCAUUCUUGGCUGCAGCUGUCGCAAGGGGCGAAUUCAGUGUGUUUUCAUGAAGAUCAUUCGUAAAGACCUUGUGCCCAAUGGGCCUGGUAGCGUUAAGCUGGAACCAGUUGAUCCAGAUGAUCUAUGGUUCGCUUAUAAUUUAGUUGCUCCUGGAGACAACGUUAUGGCUGUAACUGUUAGGAAAGUUCUAAGAGAGGCUGCUGCUGGGGGAAGAGAGGCAGAACGUGUGAAGCUGAAGCUGGAAAUUAAUGUAGAGGCUGUGGAUUAUGAAAAAGAAGGUUCUGUCUUGCGCAUACGUGGAAAGAAUGUCUUAGAGAAUCAACACGUAAAGUUGGGGGCCUUCCAUACUCUAGAAAUUGAGUUACAUCGACCAUUUGUGCUAAGAAAGGAUGUUUGGGAUUCAAUGGCAUUAGAAGUACUCAAGCAGGCCUCUGAUCCAGCUGCAAGCGCUGAUCUUGCUGUGGUUUUAAUGCAAGAAGGCUUAGCACAUGUUUUGCUUGUUGGUAAAAGUGUGACGACUGUUCGUUCGCGAAUAGAAACUUCAAUACCUCGCAAGCAUGGUCCUGCUAUUGCUGGUUAUGAGUCAGCCUUGAAUAAGUUCUUUGAGAAUGUUCUACAGGCUUUCCUGAAACAUGUUGACUUCGAUAUCGUACAGUGCGUUGUGAUUGCCAGUCCUGGUUUCACAAAGGAUCAGUUUCAUCGUCACUUAUUGUUAGAGGCAGAAAGAAGACUGUUGAGAGCAAUUAUUGAGAACAAGUCGAAGAUAAUUCUUGUGCAUACAACAUCAGGAUAUAAGCAUAGUUUGAGAGAGGUUCUGGAUGCCCCAAAUGUCAUGAAUAUGAUAAAAGAUACAAAGGCAGCAGAGGAGGUUCGGGCUUUGAAGAAUUUCUUCAACAUGCUAUCAAAUGAUCCAGCCCGAGCAUGCUAUGGACCGAAGCAUGUUGAGGUAGCCCAUGAACGAAUGGCUGUCCAAACGCUACUUAUCACUGAUGAUCUCUUCAGGAGUUCUGAUAUAGCAAUGAGGCGAAAAUAUGUAAAGUUGGUUGAGUCAGUCAAGGAUUCAGGGGGCACUGCCCACAUAUUUUCAUCCAUGCAUGUGUCAGGAGAACAACUCGCGCAGCUUACUGGGAUUGCAGCAAUUCUUCGUUUUCCCCUGCCAGAUUUGGAGGACAUGGAGAUGUGAUGAAGCAUUUCCAACAGACAAUUAUUAGUUUGCAUAUUGUAUAUUUAUUUUGUUGAUUAAUAACUUAUUAUCGCCAUGUGACCUAGAAGUCACGGGUUCAAGGCGCGAAAACAAUUUCUUGUAAAAAUCCAAGGUAAGACUGCGUCUGUAGAUCCAUUGUGAUCCGUCCCUUUCUCGAAUGCUGUAUACGCGGGAGCUUUGUACACCGGGCUGCUCCUUUUGAUUAAUAACGUAGGAAGUCUCGCAACAAGAGUUGUGUGGAUCAAUUAUUAUAAAUGUGGUUCAUCACAUUUUUCCCAA